AUGCGGGGGAAGGGGCGGCCGUGGAUGUCGACGGUUGGAUUUGUGGUGAUGGUGGUGGUGGGGUUGUUGUGUGUGGGUUUGGUUCCUGGGGCAGCAGGCUUUUACAGUAAAAAAGGCGAUGUGAUCGUGCUGGAUUCGCCGGCGCUGUUGGAUAGCCUCGAGGCCAGCAACUACCUUUGGUUUGUCGAACUGUAUCGGGAGGGCUGCGGCUACUGUCAGCAGCUGACGCCCCACUGGACGGAGCUUGCAGGCAAGCUCAAGCGGCUGGUGCGCGUGGCCGCCCUCGACGUUGAAAAGAAUGGCCCGUUGUUACAGACCAUGAUGCAGCGGUAUGACUUUGAUGUCAAGGGCGUGCCCACCAUCAUCAUGCUCAAGCCCUGGGGCAAGAAAGAUGGCACCAUGUCGAAAAAGCGUAUCGAUUACAACGGUGAGCGCACCGCUCAAGCCCUGUACAAGGCCGCCGUCAAGCACAUGCCCGACUACACCACCUUUGUCACCGCAGCCAGCCUUGACCGCUUCACGGCCGGUGACCAGGCCAAGGCUGUGCUUUUCACGCCCAAGGCCCAAACGCCUGUCAUGUGGAAGGGCUUGGCCAGCAAGUAUCGUCACCGCCUCGAGCUGGGCGUGACGCUCGACGAUGAUGCAACCCAGCUGCGCGACCUGCUAGGCCUUGAGCGGUUUCCCACUGUUCGCAUCUAUACAAACGGCUCUCAUGUCGAUUUCACCGGCACCACCAACUUUCUCAACCUCGACCUCUUCCUGUCGCAGCACGCCGCUGCCAAGCCGAGUCGCCCCACCCCGCCCAAUUCCAGCAGCGGCUCCUCACAGUCCACUGCCAAAGACCAGUCCGACCCUAAGAACCGAUCAAAAACCGGGGCCAAGAAAAGUACAACCAAGAGCAAGUCCAAAGCAAGCGCGUCCCCCGCGCGCACCGACCUUCGCACUCUCUCGACAAAGAAGCUUAACAAGAUGAAAAUUCGUGAGCUCAAGUUGAUUCUCGACGAGUACAACGCACCCUGCCGAGGCUGCAUCGAGAAACAGCAUUACAUUGACCGCGUUCUCGAGGCUAAGCUCAAAGUGGCGCAACAGGAACUCAAGACUCUGCGUGCCGAAAAUGAGGCCUUGCGCAAGGAAGUGGAGCAGCUGAAGCAAACCGGCCACUGUCACUCGGAAGACACGCAUGAAGACUUGUACCUAGCUGAUGAGGAGGACGGAUACAUCGAGUUGAUCGAGGAUGAACCAGACAAUGACGAUGAGGAUGAUACAGAAGAGACUUCAAUUCAGGAUGACGACGAUGGUGAGGAAGAACAAGAUGAGGACAUUGAAUAG